AUGGAGACGCUCGCCACGCUGCUAGCGCACGACGGCUCACCGCCCCUGGUCUACCUGCACCACCCGCACCACUCGGCGUCGGCGGUGCGCGCGCAGCUGCCGCCCGUCGCAGCCGAGGCCGACCUGAUCGAGCUGCAUACCCCGCGGCUGCUGUACGCCGGCGUACUCGCGCGCGUCGCGGCGUCGCGCGGAGCCGAGCGCGAGGGCGAAGUCGCGACGUGGGACGCGUUCGUGCGCGGGUUGCGCGAGGUGUGCAGCACCCGGACGGCGAACGGCGCCAGCGCCGCCAACGGAUCGCGGAAAGGCAAAGGACGCGCGAUCGACGACCUCGACGCCGACGCCAGCACCCACCUCGUGCUCGUCUUCACCCGCGCCGAGCGGCUCAAGAGCGUCCUCGGGCCCAUCUGGACCGCACUGACGCGUCUCUCUGAGCUGGCAAAUCUCCCCGCGACGGUCGUCCUCGCGUCCGCGCUGCCGUGGGACGACGUGCGCCCCGCGCGCUCGGACGCGGUCGAGCCGGUGAUGGUGUAUCUCGAUCCAAUACGCCGGGACGAGCUCCGCGACGCGUUGCUCCUCUCUGGCUCGACCCACCCCCUGUACCCGCGCUUCGUGGACCUCCUCCUCGCGUCCCUCGGCCAGCUGGCCCCGCCGUCGGAAGUCGCGUUCGCCGCGGACUCCCUGUGGCCACUGUACACCGCCACGCUGCCGGCGCAUGCCGAGCAGGAGCUCCUCGGCCGCGCGCCGCCAGAGCCAGAUACGCCGCCGCUCAGCGUGAGCGUCAAGCUCCUCACGGACCUCAAGCACCAGCUGUCCCUCGCGCUGUCCGUCGCUGCCGAGUCGCUGCUGCCUAGGACUGUCGGCAAGGCAGACUUCAUCCGCGCGCUCAACCCGCUCAGCAGCGACGGCACGCCGCGCCCGCUGACCGCGCGCGCGAUCCCGCGCCCGCCAGGCCUCGACCUGCCACUCGCGGCGCAGUUCUUGCUCGUCGCCGCGUACUGCGCCAGCUAUAACCCCGCCAAGUCGGACGUGAGGUUGUUUGGCCGCGGGACUGGGCCUGAUGGGAAGCGGCGGCGCGGGGGAGGCGUGCGGAGGGCGGGAUAUGGCAGGACACGUGUAGGCAAGGUGCCGCAGCGGCUGCUCGGCCCCAAGGCGUUCCCCCUCGACCGGCUACUCGCAAUGUUUGCGUCCCUGUACGCCGAGCACGCUGCUCGGCCAGAGGAUCUGGAGAGCGAUGGUGAAGUCGCCGUUACUGCCGCGCAGAUUGAGCGUAAGCGCGCACGCCACGCUGAGCGCGACGAGCAGUGGGAGGACGAGGUCGACGCCCUGGCCAUGAGCGUCGGCCUGUGGUCCCUCAUUCCAGAGCUCGAGGCACAGAGCCUGCUUAAGCGCACUUCCCCCGUCGACCGCCUCGACAACAUCAUGCUCCGCUGCGAGAUCGACUACGAGGGGACAAAAACACUCGCAAAGGGGCUCAAAAUCACACUCGACGAGUACCUGUACGAGGCGAUGGCAUAG